AUGGCUACUGCUAUUGAAAUUGAUAAUUUAUCAUCAAUGAUUCAAGAUCUUGGGAUAGAAGCUUUUAUGAUUGUAGCACGAUCGGACGCUACUUUUCAACCUGUACCAACAACUCCACGAACACUUCAGUUCUAUGAUAAAGUCGAAAUUUUUACUGGUAUCUUGAAUUUCCAUUUAGCUCCAAAGAUAUUCGUCAUAAAAGAUGUCGAGUUGACCUUAAAUCUUAUCGAAUGUAACCGUUCAGUUGUUGAGCGGCUUCUUAAUUUUUCUUCACUGAAUGAUAUUAUUCGAAAAUUUAAAGAAUAUGAAACAAUAACAUCACAACAAGUCAACAUGGUUAAUUCAAAAGUCCUCAUGCCAUUCACAAAGACAGAUGCAUUUCUUCUUGAACAAGAACAAUUGCGUAACCGAGCAUCACAAAAGAUCAUAACUCAAUUGGGUGAACCACCAUUAGUAAAGAGUAAGCUUCGUUCAGGUAGUGAUGGCAACAACAAACAUACAACUAAAUAA